AUGAGCGCGCCAGUUGGGCCACGAGUAUCCAAAGAGGAUUUCAUGCAUGCACUCGGACUCGAUGCGAGUAAUCCUCAGCAUGACCCAUUGUAUCGCGCAAUGAGAGACGAGGCUAUUGCCGUAUACAAUCAGAUGAACCAAGGCAAUUCAGAUUUGCUGGAGAAUAUAAGAAACACUCCUGGAGUAGGGCCACCAUAUUUCUGGCAUCAUAUCCGACCAGAUAGACAGCAAUGGGGCAUAUUGGAGAUUUGGAGGCGCGCUGGACCUGUCACUCGGCCAUUGUUCGAUCGCGGCGCUACCAAUGGCGAAUAUGGCCCUAAUUGGGUAACGGGAUGGUUGUUGUACAGCGUUUUCCGCUCAAGGGAUAUUCGCAAUAACCGCAACAGAAGGAAAAACGACGACAAUAACAACUCUGGGAAUAAUUCAGGUCAUGGCCAAUCGAAAGGGGGCAAGAGUGCCACCACAGGAAACGAGACACAGCCCAGGACCAUGGGGUAUUACGAUCCUGUACGGAAUGGCGCCCGUUGA